AUGAACCCUCCGAUCCAAUCUGGAACGGUGGCGGCUGCGGCCACCCCAUUCAAGAUCCCUGGACGUCUUGCUCACAAAUGGGUUGAGGACUUCUUGGAAUAUGGCCUCGCCGACGAACCUAGCUUUCGCGUAGGCUGCCCUGCUGUUGGCAAAUCUCAUCACUUGGAAGCAAAACUGGACCAGUGUGUAGCAACAGACCUACGCAAUCCCGGGAAGCAUUACAUCAUAAUAGUGUCGGCCAUCUGCGUACUAUGUCGGCAUCACUUCAUCUUCCGGGUCACAGCUCCAACGGGUCAGCUGUGCGGACAGUCACACGGUAACCCUCAAAAGCCACUUCACCACCUGAUAGCCACGACCCCUAUCAGUGAAGACUUCGAGCCCUGCAGUCUGGAUAGAGGUCGCAAUCCAAAGUACCUCACUUGCGGUGGCCAUGCGGCAUACAGGUGCUCGACCCCGGGCUGCUCCUAUCGCGUUAACAUCGAAAUUUCAGAGCCCCGCGUCACGGCCGAGCAUGCGCACACCCUCUUGGACGACGCCGCCGUCAAGUUACGACUUCAGAACGAAAUACAGGAGACCCCGGAAAGGUUCAGCGGCACAAGCGAUGAGAACCGAGCAAUCGAUUACUUGUCUCAGUAUCUUACAGACACCCUAACUCCUCCCCAGAGCCGUAGAGGCUCCAAAAUCAAGACCCGCAAUGUCAAGUUCGCGGUUCAGUUUGGCGACGGUGAGAGUGCGAAUAGACUUUUUGAGUUCCUUGAGUUCAAGAAAGGCAUCGACAACGAGGAAUGCGCAUAUUGGGAAUUACCUGAAUUGGAUUUCUCCGAACACGCGCCCACUCUAGUGCCAUCGCAAAAGUCUUUCUAUCAGGAUGUCAGAGCCGAGAUUUGGUGUCUCAAGGGGGUGUACAAGUGGCCAGGUCAUGACUCUAAUAUGAGCUUCGACAGAAUACUGCGGGAUGCAUUUCACUGCAGCCACAAAGAUGCUGCUGGCCUCGAGUUUCAAGACAGUUUUGCUAGCGCAGACACUGGCAAAUCCCACUUCAACUUGCUUGGCUUGACAAGCCGAUCUCACUGGAAGAUCUUUCGCUAUGCCUAUGAGUGUCAGACCAGAGUGGACAAAUCACCUGCCCAUCGCGAACAGUAUCUCAAUGCUCUACAGAGGAUAUCUGCACCAUACAAUCAGGAUGAGCUCAACUUCUUCAUCGCUACUGAACAUUCACGAAUCGACGCCCAACAGUUUGACCAGUAUCCCAGCGUCAACCAGCCAGAGAGCGUACUGUCGAACGGUAUCAAGAGCAUCGAUUCGACCGAGUCGGGCGAGAUAUCCGUUGAUGCCAUCAUCGGCGAGUAUAGGAAUAAGGUUCAAAACUCGCUCAUGUCUCCGACCAAGGAGACUGGAGCACGCAAACGGCUUGAUCUGCGAUCCGAGUUGCUUAAGGUGGCAACCUCCCAUCCUGAAGGACCGAAGCUUAAGGAGAUCGUCCGAGAACCGAUGGACUUGGAUGAGGCACUCGUCUGUCUGGAUUUGCCAGUCGAUACAGAGCAGCUCAAAUCUAUGGAUGUUACAGUGCCCGAAGCGAUGGCCCAAGUCCAGGUAGAGCAGGGCAAAAAUGCAUUCUUGACGGGAAUGGCGCUGCAAGCAAUUGGCAAAUUCCUCAACAACGAUGUCCUUGUCGCACUGGCAGCGACCAUGAUGGGAGAACAGCCCCAAAACAGGGUUGAGCAGGAACCUGUUAAUGACCCGAACCUACCAGCCGGGCUGGAUAAUCUACGCAACACGUGCUAUCUCAACAGCAUGCUGCAGUACUUUUUCACCAUUAAUCCAGUCCGAGACCUUAUCUUGAACUUUGACGAGUACAAGCUGCCUGACAAUGAAGAAAGCCGAAGCUCACGACGCGUGACUACGGAAGCCCGUGGGAUCAGUGCCAAACAGGCCUACGUUGCCAACGAACUUGCCAAUGAACUUCGAAGUCUCUUCUCGGACCUCAUCAGCACACAAAAUCAUUAUGCUACGCCGACUCAGAGGCUUGCGCUGGCCGCCAUGAAGAACACGGACCAACUUGAGGCGCGGGCGAGAGAGCUUGAGGCCCGCCCAGGUGACACAGGGGCCCAGGCCAUCGGCCCGUUACCGGAUCCCAACGGCACGAAGGGCCAAACACCCGAUAGCGGCAUGGUUUAUGCGGGAAAGGCCCCCGAUUAUGCAGCACCAGCGCCUCCAGUUCGUCCCAAUGGAGGCAGGAGUCCCGAUGGGAUCACUCCGGAGCAGACCGAGACUUCUAGUGACGUCAGCUCGCACACUCUGGUUAAUGUUGGUCCCAAUGACUAUGAUAACGAUCGGGAGGUCAGCUCCGAAUGGAACCCCCUGAUGCAACGGGUCAACAGUGUGCGGUCCAACGCGUCUUCAGACAACAGCAUGCGUUGCGAGGUCAACGAGGAUGACCUGAUGGAGCAGCAAAUCGACAGCAGUCUAGGAAAGUUCAACCCAGUUGGUUCUGGAAAAGAUGUUGAAAUGUUCGAUGCCUCAUCUUCCCAAACGGUGUCGGAGAGCGCGGCUGUCCAAGCGGCAGCAACGGCUUUAGCUGGUCUAGCCAGCCAUUCUGUUAGCACCGAGCCUGAGGACGAGAUCUCGCGCAUCAAAAGGGCCCUGGACGACAAGACUAUCAAGGGCACUGAUCAAGAAGAUGUUCAAGAAGCGAUGGACAAGAUGCUUUUUAACCUACGGAGUGCCAUAAAACCAACCGGCACAGAACCUCUGGGUCCCAAGGCUGAAGCACAGACAGAUGCAGUGACUGAGAUAUUGCGUCUUAUCAAAGUCGAGUACCAGAAACCUCUCAACAAGGCCAAAUGGGAACUUACGACACCCACGACAGAGGACUUCUUGCUGGCUUAUCCUGCAAGAUCAGGUAAUGUCGACCUGCACGAGGCGAUUGAGCGAGGGUUUAUGCGGCAAAUCAGCGAGAAUCCCAAGGAACCCGAGAACCCAUUCUUGUCGUUCAGCAGCAUUCGGAGAUUUCCCCCGAUCCUCCACAUUUGCAUUCAGAGAACAGUCUAUGACCAGUCGGCUAGAGCCGGCAAAAAGAUUGACGUGUCGAUCCAACUGCCCCAGGUGUUGUACAUGGACCGGUACAAAGAAUCGGCGCCUGGAGAUGCGCUAUGGAUGAGGCGACACAAGUACUGGGACCAUCUUGAGCUCGAGGACCCCAAGGUUUUGGCGGCAAGAAGGAAGUUAGAGCAGAAGAAGCCCGGGACUGCCGACGCCGAUACUGCCAUGACUGAGGCUCAGGAUGCUGCCGCCGACGAACUGGAGGCCUACCACAAUGAAGCAGUGAACGAGGCGAACGGUAGCGACUCAAAUCACAACCAAACGAGUGUAAUCGACCUGGGGGAUGAAACAGACUCGGAGGCUGAGGCCGAGGCGAAGCGCAAGAAGUACGAAGACACGUUCGAUGAUCUCCGAGACCACGAGUACCACCUGCAUGCAGUGAUCUGUCACGGUGGUAGCACGGGUGCCUCUGGUCAUUACUGGGUUUGGAUCUACGACUUUGAGCAGCGUGUCUGGUACAACUACAACGACAGGACGGUGCGCGUACACAGAGACAACGAAAAGGUUCUGAAGGACCUUUCAGCCUCUGAUCAGCCAUACUACAUUGCCUACGUGCGCAGGGACAAUCUCGACCUCGUGUCGAUCCCUCGUCGCGCUGACAGUGAGCAGGCGAAACAGCCUGAGAUGUGUGAAAGGCCCAUGUCGCCGCCACCGACUCCUACGCGGCGACCUGCCUCAAUGGCUGCCGCGGGAACUAGUGUUUUGGAUGUCGAGAUGACGCCUUGA